UUCCUUUCACUACGAUCCAGGAGAUCUAAUUGUCACUCUUUUACUAAGGAGAUCGUUGAAGUACCAUACACGUUCCAACCGAACCUAAAUUUUCUCAAGUUAAACAUGAAGUUCUCUCAAGUUCAACUUGUGGCACUUGUUGCUAGCAUCACCUCCGCGCAAACACUCAACAUCCCGACUCCUGUGGGUGAUAUCACGUCGCUCCCUGAGCCCAGUGUCAUCACAGGAAGUGUGGACUACGGCAACAGAGAAUUCGAUCGUGGCCACCCGUGCGACUCUGAUUUGGACACUGGCAGUGAGAACGCCGUCUUCAUCCUUGCGGAUGGUGCCAGCCUUUCCAACGUCAUUAUUGGCAAAGAUGCUCUCGAGGGCGUUCACUGUGAAGGAUCGUGCACGUUGACAAACGUCUGGUUCCGCGACGUUUGCGAGGAUGCCAUCUCUGUCCUCGGAACUGGCGAUGCAACCAUCAUCGGUGGAGGAGCCCAAGAGGCCAAGGACAAGGUUGUCCAGCACAACGGUGCUGGAACUGUCACUAUCAAAGACUUCACUGUCGUUAACGCCGGAAAGCUGUACCGCAGCUGCGGUGACUGCACCAACAACGAGGCCAAGUCCCCCCGCAAGGUCAUCGUUGAGAACGUCCGUGCCUACGGCGUGACCUCCGAUCUUAUUGGAAUCAACUCCAACUUUGGCGACGAGGCUACAAUCAGCGGAUCUUGUGGUGUGACCAAGAACGUCUGCCAGGAAUACAAGGGUGUGAACAAGGGCAACGGUAAAAGCGAGAAGGUCGACGGCAAGACAAGCUGCAAGGGUGCUCAAGGUCUUCUUGAGACUCUGCCUGCGUGU